CGUCUGCGGCUGAUAUAAUAACCGUGUGUUUGUAUGAUAAAAUAUAAUUUACUAUAGCGCGUUCUUUGAUAAUUUAAAAUACCUAACCAAAAAAAUUAUUAUAAAACAGUAGUGUAUUCCGUGUGGAGCACAAAUAAACGCUGAUUAAUAUCAAUCUCACUUCACGUUUUCAACCGGAGUUACAUCCGAGUAAUAUUAUUAUUGUUGUGCGCAGUCGAAACCGAAUUUUGCAACCAAGAAUUGUUAACCGUUUCUCAAUCAAUAUCAUCGACCGGCCGUCAUAAAUAUGGAAGAAGAGAAUUGGGACAACAUACCAGGGGUAAAUUCUGUACCCCAAGCAGAUUCUGAGAAUGGAUAUAAAGAGACCGGAGAAGAUCCAUGUGACAACCAAAAUUACGACAAUGGUGUUUCAUAUGAAGAAAAUGGGUAUGGAAGUAAUGACAAUUAUUGUAAUGUAGAGCAACCUACGCAUGAUUCUUGGGGAAAUACAUUAACCUCUACCAACUAUGAUCAAGGCACCACAGAUAAUGGUUAUGGUGUAGAGCAAAAUUACCAACAAAACUAUGGAGGUUACCAAGGUAGAAAUGCUGGCAGUAACAGAGGAUACAAUACUGACUCAUCCAAUGGUUACAACACUCAGAGCUAUGGAGAUGAAAACGAAGGUACAGGGUUUAGAGGAAGAGGCCGUGGUGGACGUGGCAGAGGUCGUGGUCGAGGUACAGGUAGAAAAUUUGAACAGAACAAUGAUCAUUAUUCAAGUAGUGGAUAUGGAAAUAACAGCGAAGAGUCAGAAAAGCCUGCAUUACCGAAGCCGACAUAUAUUCCUCCAGAAAUAGACGACAGCGAUGAUUCUGCCGUGGUUAUGGUCGCUGGUAAUAAUUUCGAUCAAUAUGAAUCAAUUGAAGUAAAAGUGAGUGGAAUAGAUGUACCCACAAAUAUAAAUUCAUUUAAAAAUGCUGGCUUGCGAGAAAUAUUGUUGGAAAACUUAGAAAAAUUAAAUUAUUCUGUACCAACGCCAGUUCAAAAAUAUUCCUUACCUAUCAUUCUUCACGGAAGAGACAUGAUGGCAAGUGCUCAAACUGGUUCUGGCAAAACGGCAGCUUUUGUUUUACCAAUUUUAAAUGACUUGAUGAGUAAUCCAACAGAGUUGAUUGCCGACUACGAUCAUUGUGAACCACAAGCUGUUAUAAUGUCGCCUACCAGAGAGCUUACUAUACAGAUUUGUGAGGUGGUCAGAAAAUUGAGCAGAGGAACUAUGAUUAAAAGUGAACUCGCCUAUGGAGGAACAAAAACUAUGUAUCAAAUAGACAGAAUAAAGAGAGGUGCUCAUAUUCUCGUGGCCACACCAGGACGUCUGAACGAUUUUGUCAAUCGUGGUGUCAUAACUUUUUCGUCAGUGCGAUUUUUUGUACUAGAUGAAGCUGAUCGAAUGUUAGAUUUAGGAUUUAAAUCAGCUAUCGAAAGUGUAUUGCAUCAUUCUACAAUGGUUUCUUCGGCGGAAAGACAAACGCUUAUGUUUUCGGCUACGCUACCUAGUGAGAUACAGCAAAUGGCAUGCACGUAUCUAAAACAGGAUUACGUGUUUGUUGCGGUUGGUGAGAUUGGAGGAGCUUGUAAAGAUGUAACGCAACAAUUAAUUCAAGUGCAGAAGUUUAGCAAAAAAGGUGAAUUGUUGAAAGUUCUUGAAGAAAUAGGCGAUGUCCAAGGUACAAUUGUUUUUGUGGAACAGAAAAGAAAUGCAGAUUUCAUCGCUGCAUAUCUGAGUGAUCAAAAUUAUCCUACUACUAGUAUUCACGGUGAUCGUGAACAGCCCGAACGAGAACUAGCUCUGAGGGAUUUCAAAACUAAAAAAAUGAAGAUCUUGGUCGCAACAUCUGUUGCCGCUCGAGGACUUGACAUAAAGGGUGUGACGACUGUAAUUAAUUACGAUUUACCUAAAAAUGUUGACGAGUAUGUGCAUCGUAUUGGUCGUACUGGGAGGUUGGGAAACGCUGGCAAGGCCAUUUCCUUUUUUGACCCGGAUCAAGAUCGACCAUUGGCUCCAGAAUUGAGAAGAAUUUUGGAACAGGCUGGGCAGGAAAUACCAGAUUGGUUAUCUGACUUUGGUGGCUAUGCUGCCGAACCUGAUCAGUUUGACGAUAUAAGAACGGAUGUCGGCGGCACUUCUGAAUACGUGCAAGCGGAUGAAGAAGAACAGUGGUAAAGCAAAAAUAUCUUAACGUACAUUUUGAUUACACAUUAUUUUCAUCCAUUUAGUUACGUACUCUUGCGUUUUUAAUAAGCCCCAUUGAAAGAAAAAAUGCAAUAUUUAUUCAAAUGAAACAUAUUCAAUUUUAUAAAAAAUUAAAAUUAUUUAAAAUAAAAACUAAUUUAUACACGCUGAUAUUUUUAUAUUACCCGAUAACUGAAAUAAUUCUAUUUUUGAACUUAGUACAUUUAUUUCAUACAUUUAUCUAUUAACAAACCUUUACAUUUGUUAAUCAGUCAGUUAGCGUAACUAAAGAACAACCCUGUUUGUAUGUAUAUAUUUUUUUUGUGUAUUAUUGUCAUCAUUAUAGUUCGUUAUUGAAUUAUUAUUUUAAAAUAAAAUCAGCCUAUCAACUGGCAUCGGUUCAGUAGUUAAUUUAUAAAUUUAGCGUGGGAGGUGAAGAUAAAAAAUAAUAAACCCUUAUGAGUUAUUAUUUUUUUACAAUUUCUAUUUUGUUAUAUUUAAGUACUAAUUGCGCCAAAAUUGUUUUUAAAUUAUAUGUCUAAUAAUGUUUUAAAAAAAUCCAAACUGAGUUAGGAAACAUUAUAAAAACACUAAAUUUAUUUUUUAG